AUGGUUAAUACCUCCAACCUUCUCUUUCUUCAUCAUUCCUUUGUGAGGCGUUUACAGACAUUCCUCACCGAACAUCAUGAAAGGUGUGCCACUCACAACAUGAACUUGCCUCACGAAAAUGUAUCUUUUCUAGGCAUUGGCGGUAGAACCAUCUCUAAGAAGCUGUCAUUUGAUUUGGACAAAAUUAAGGCUUUUCAGCCAAAGAUUAUCAUUUUGGAACUGGGAACUAAUGAUCUGUGUGUGAUGGGGCAGCGCCCUGAAUCUGUUGGUUCAGAUAUUGAACAUUUAGUUCAAGUCCUCCAUGAUCACUGUGGAGCAGAAUUUAUAACGAUAUGCCUAGUAAUUUACCGGUCUGCUAUUUCUCCACACGACCCGAUUUCAGCCACAAAGUAG